AUGGAGCUGCAUCUCCGCGGCGGCCUCUGCAGGGUGCGAGCAGCAGCGUCUCUUGCGUGGUGCGAGAGACGAGAGAGCCAGCAAUUGACAUGUCGUGUGCCGCCUCCCGUCUGGCGAGGCGGCCACUCGGGCAUUUUCGAGCGUGUGUUCAAUCGUCGGCCGCCAUCUGACACAGGCGAGAGACCAGUGCUCCGUCACCAUGCUCUGGCUGCGAUAUGUCUCAGGGCUGAGUCCACCAAGCUUCGAAUUACCUUGGCGACGGUGUCAAGCUGGCUGCAGCUCGCAGUGGAGCCGGCAAGCUCCAGCCAACUGGCCCACCGGGGGCUCGUUCCAAGCGACGAGUUCGCCUUGCCCCGUCGUAAGAAUGACGCGUAUCCUCAGGCGGCCCUCGCAGCGCGUCCCCGGGAGGCGCCAGGCAUGGCUGAGCGAGUGAGGACUGAGGAGAGGCAUGCGACCGCCUGGCGGAUGAUCGGCGGCGGUACGGUAUGGUUUGGAACGGCACGCAAACACCGCCAAGGUAGCCGGUGGUGCCUGCGUCGCGCUGGAUCGUCCAUGCCCCGGACGUAUCGUAUCGAUACGAUACUGACGAUACGCCUUGGCCGUCCUUACCGCCUUGCGCCAGCGGUUAUCGCCAGCGCCCUCCAAAGCUCCCGUCUUCCCUCUCCCCAGCUCAUCGCCAUCCUGCCGCCUCCAUCGCGUUCGCGAUAUAUAUUGAUUUGCGGAUCUUGUCUUCCGGGCCAUUGCUGCCUCUUUCAUCCGGUCCUGGCAGCUGACUGUCCCUGGGCCCCGAUCGCUGCGCCGUGCUGUCGUGCUCGCAGCCACUUGACCGCCCCAGUCCGUCGAGUCACCCGUGUGCGUCACAGGCGCCGUCCGAGAUCCCCCUUUUCUUGGUGGCUUGCAGCAGCUGUUUUUCCCCAUUCCUCUACCAUGCAUCAACAUCCGCGGCCGCCGGUGACGGCGCCACCAACAAGCCCGCCGCGGCCAAGUUCGGCCAGGCUCGACAGCCAAAGAGAUCAGGAUGCCGAAUCGAACAGGCCAUCUUCCAACGCCGGGUCAGAUACUACAAGAGGUCUUGGUAUUGAUCCCGGGGUCGAAGCUUCGGAGCAGGAACAGAAAGCGACCCCUGCCAAGGAGGCCAUGACAAAACUCAAUCAGAUCAUAUCGAACUACCACACAAAAGCCGCUUUGAUCAUCCUACACUCGCGGGUGGACCUUCCACCCGUCUACAGUAAAGGCUCCGAUACCCCGAGAGUCAAUCGCUGGUUCAACGUCGAGCUAGACGAGACGGACGUUCUCCGGGAUAGUCUGCGACGAUGGAGAACCUGCGACGCAACCGACAACCGACCUCCGCCGAUGAUUAUCGAGACGUUCCUGGAUGCCAACGAACUCACGAAUAACCAGAGCCUGGUCAUUCUGGAUGACAAUGGCAAGCGCUGGGACGUGGUCGAGGCCCUUGCGGCAUCUCAAGAUGCUGCAGCUAGCUCCAAUCCAAACGAGGUCAUCUUGGAGCGCUGGAGAGUCGAGCUGGGAGAACCAUCGGGCAAGCCUCCUCCUGAUCUGGCCGCAAUCCUGCCAACCGUCUACAAGAAGAGCAUUGUCCUAUUUCGGUCGUUGUUCACAUACUCCAAGUUUCUGCCCGCUUGGAAGCUUGCCAAACGCAACGGGAAAAUGCGCGCCAGCCCGGCCUUGAAGAUCAAGUAUCGAAUUCGAGAAGCAUCCGCGGCUGAUCAAGGCUCCGGUGCUGACAACUUGACGAUUCCCCUUCAUGGCGGAACCGGUAAGGUGGUCGAGACGUACUCCUUCGGUACGACGGAGUCGCCUGCCGGUCCCUUCUCAGUGCAGGUAACCUAUCGCAUCAGCUGCGACUUCCGGGUGGACGAUUCUGAAGCGCUGCUGAGUUCUCGGUUCAUGGGGGCCGACGAUGACUUCUUCCGCCCUUCGUUGCCCACGGAAGAAUCGAACCGGGUUGGCGCCCAGGAGUCAGAAUCCCUGCCGCUAGAAAGAAGAGGGCCUGUUGAGCAACCGGAUCGGACCCGAGCCUAUGGAAGUUUGUCCACUUUCCACCAGGUCGGUCCGACAACCAGCGCCAGUCCCAUAUCCACCCUGCGAGCUGCACGGGAGUUAGGGACGACGUCUCCAUCUCCUUCAGCAUCUCCUCCACAGAAGCUUCUACCGGCGGCCAAGAUUGGACCGGUCGGACGCGCUGCAGCGCUGGCUGGGGAGGGCAGUUCCGGCGUGACCAGACGUCCAUCCCUUUCCUUCCAGCCGUUCAAAGCUCCGCCGUUAUCCGCAUCGCCUUCGCUGGUUGACCCUCCUCUUGGAGCGUCUCCCCGCGUAGGGUCUGGUCGUACGUCUGCACCAGCCACUUCCGCCGACACCAAAAGUAUGCCCCCGCCUACGGAGGCAGCCUCGGCCAGCCGUAAACCAGCUACGGUCCCUCCUGAGCAAGCAAUAGCCUCUUCUACUUCAGCCUCUCCCAAACCUGCCCCCAUAUCAAGGUACAGCAGUUCGUUCAGCCACCGUCGUGGAAGGCUGUCGUCCGGAGGGACCAACCGGACAGAUGAUGACAACAAUUCCAGCGGCAAAGCCAGCGCAACCUCGUCAAGUGCGCAGCCUGGAUCCGGAAUCCUGGCGGAAGUCACUGGCACGAGCGGCGAUUCUCUUCACGCCGAUGACGAAAACAUCUCCGACUUUUUGAAGAUGCUGGAUUUACGCAAGGAUCUCUUGAAUCCCGUCAAAGCGGCGGCGGUCGAUGCAGCCACUCGCAGGACGUCGGCGGCGUUGACUCGGUUUCAACGGAUGCGGGAUUCCAACGCCGCGCUGUCGGACUCCAUGUCAUCCUCGCUGCUUCUCCAUCGCUCGUCGGCGUCGUCGAGUCGCCAGUUAUCCAACGUUCCACCGAUGGUCGCGGGAACUUCGAUAUCGACAUCCUCAUCCCCUGGGAAACCGAUUUCCCCCCACACGCCUCACACUCCCGCAAUACCAUCACGCCUGAGUUCCAACAGCAUUGUCAGUUAUGAUGACCAGGAAGCGGAAUGUCCCGACCGGCCACUGGAAGUCGAGCAUGAUUCCCCCGCGGAAGAGAAUGCCAACGAUGAGACAACACACCGUGCAACUCGAUCCGGGGCGAACGCCAUCGACAUCCCCAAGUCUCCUCGGCCAUUUGGGCCGAGUUUCCGGCGUUCGAGUUCCGCUGCCCAGCAUCGUCGUGCUGCUACUGUCGGGGGCGAUGACGAUGAAAUCUUCCCAUUUGGGAUGCGGAGUGUCAGUCUCGGUGCUGAGGAACGAUCUCAUCUAAGCCUCAGUGCACUUUUACGACAGCAAGAGUUUGAGAACACCACGACCAAUCCGGAUCAACCAUGCCCGGACGCGCAACAACCCUCGUCCAUCAACGAAGAUUCCGCCAACCCCGGUGCCGUGGGUUCCGGACCAACGGCCGCAUCCACCUCGUCCAAUCACCCUUACCAGGCUCGCUUCUCCCACAGUCGGGGUCGAGGUUCCUCCGGUGGCCCGCAGUCGCAUAGCUCGACGUCGAGCAGUUACCCGCGGGGAAGUGCAAUCCCAUCACACCUCGCCGAGCGCGAGCGAGAUCGUGAAGGCAGUGCCAGCGGAAGCAAUAGCGGAAAUUCGAUGGCGGAUAUUCGACGCGGCACGGGCCAUCGAUCAAGCUCUGGCCGCUCUACGGCUCCGCCUACGACGUCGUUCGAGGAAGACGAACCGCUACUGUUUGCCAUGAGCGACUUUGGCAUUUCGCGGCGAAGUUUGGAGGAGGGCAGACGAAGCAGCGUUGGAGCGGAGUCCGGUGGAAACUCGGGCGGAUCCAGGCGUGGUAGCGGGAGGCGCGGCACAGGCCUGCCGAGUUUUCACGCUUGGCAAUGA